AUGUCGGAGGCUGCUUGUUACCAAAUGCCUUAUAGAUUAAGACGUUUAUUUGCUACGAUAUUAGUAUAUUGCAAUCCUACCAAUCCGAAGGAGUUGUGGGAACAAUUUGAAGAUUCAAUGUCCGACGACUUUAAGAGUCUAGAAAAUAUAACCACAAAAGAUAUUCACCUUGCAGUCCUAAACCACAUCAAUGAUAUACUACAUUCUAUGGGGCGUGAUAUUAACGAGUUCAACCUUGUUGCAGAAACUAUCAGAUCUUCAAAAAUGGCAAAUGAAGCGAAAGAAGUAUAUUUCGAAAGAAACAUCAUUGUUAGUGAUGAAGAUUUAUUUUUACAUAGAAAAUUAAAUAUUGAACAAAAAAAGGCAUACGAUGCAAUUCUUGAUAGAGUAUUUGGCAACAAUUCAGGAGCCUUUUUUAUUGAUGGUCCUGGAGGAAGUGGUAAGACAUUCUUAUAUUGUGCGUUGUUAGCAACUGUGAGAUCAAAAGGAUUUGUAGCUUUAGCAACAAAAACCUCUGGCGUUGCAGCUUCGAUCCUUCCGGGAGGAUGGACGACUCAUUCACGUUUUAAAUUCCCGAUUAAUGUGGAUGAAAAGUUCUCUUGCAAUAUCAGCAAGCAGAGUUCACUUGCAUGUUUGGUUCGGGAUGCAAAAUUAAUUGUGUGGGAUGAAGUAUCGAUGGCAAAAAAGAACAUGAUUGAAGCAUUAGACUCUCUUGUGAAAGAUCUUAUGGACACAAAUAUGCUUUUCGGUGGAAAAGUUGUUAUUUUUGGAGAUUUUAGACAAACCCUUCCAGUUGUUCGAAGUGGUAAAAAGGAAGACUUUAUUCGGGAAAGCAUACUAAACUCUGAAAUAUGGAAUCAUCUUGAAAAACUACGACUAUCAGAGAAUAUGCGUGCAAAAACUGACCCUCUUUCUGUGAAUAUUUGA